AUGGUGGCCGCAGCGUGGACUGAUUCCACUGGCGAUCGUCCCAUCCUAACAAAGUUCAUUAAUAACUGGAUCUUCUGCCUCAAGCACAACAGCCCAGAGGAGGGCUUGGCUAUUCUCCAACACCUCAACACAUGCCUCAAACUCAGACUUCUCCAGUUGGGCGACCCUUACUAUUGUGACAGGUCAUUGCCAAGUAACUUUGUCUGUACUGGCGGCGCCAAAAUGAUCGCAUUCCUCCUCUCAGAGGAAUGUGUGAUGAUCCCCGACAACCUCCUACUUUCCAAUAUGAUGCUCAUCAAUCCGGCCGCCACAGCAAUGAUCGCAAAGAGAUCACACCGCAUAGUGCAAGGACUUGACGAGCAUUUUAAAAUAGCUAAGUUUGCAGCGCACAUUGGUGACGAGGUUGUCCUCAAACAGUCGCUGAAGAGUCUCGAUCGUAUCGAAUGUACACCGAGACACUUGGCGAUCAUCAGACAGGUGGCAAUCAAUCGUGGACAUGAGCAUCUCCUUCAUCUGCUCCCCGCUCCCGAGCCUGAUGAGCAUGAUCAUUGGGCUAACACAAGGAGUCAGUCUAAGCCAACCUUUGUGUUUGACAAGUCGUCAGACAUGCGAUUGGUCAAGACCCUCAUCAAUCAGAACAAGGAGUUGAGGAGUGUCAUCAUGUUCAAGGCAGCAGAAGCAGGGCGAGUUGAUAUUGUUCGUCAACUCCAUAAUGUUAAUGACAAGUUCCCUGGUGAAACACUUGGUAUUGCAGUGGCGUGUGGAAAUUUGGACGUUGUACGCUAUAUCAUUGAACAUACAGUUUGUUUAAGUGAUAACAACGACGACUCUGGAAUGAUUGAGAGGCUUUACAAUGAUUGUAAAGUCAGAAGAUAUCCUCCACAAGUGGAAAUGGCCAAAUAUCUACGUGGAGUACUCAAGCCAAAGAGGGAAAGUCUGCCAACUGCAAUGAACCAUUCCGUGACUGACCAUUCAAUCAUCACCAAUCAAUCAAUCAAUUAUCUGAAGGAUGACGUUGUCAAUGAAUGA